AUGUCCCAACCACCCAAGCAAUCUGCGCUUCAAUCCCUCCGCAAUUGGGGAGAAAACUCUGUGCCGCCUACGCUCUUGGCUACGCUCAUCACAGCCCAACAUGCCCGGCCCUUCCAAGUUGUCCCUAUGAUGUUCCCACCAGUCUUGCUGUUCUCAUCAUAUCUGAAUCUGAGCAACUACAAGACAGAUUCAGCUGGCAUAACUGCUGCAUGGAGUGGGCUAUACGCUUUGCUUGCUAUGCGAAGGAGUCAAGGUAUCAGAAACAAAUUCACUGUACGAGGCGUGGUAAGAGGAGCCUCUUUGGCUCUUUGCGCAGUCAAUGUCGUAGGCUGCGGUUUGGCGUACACAUUCGGCAAGCGUGAAAAGGAGGAAAAAGAAUAA